GUGCGCUUAGUGCUCGUUGUUAUCCGCAAGUGAGCUGACGUACUUGCUGCCGCAAUAAUGACUAAAAUAGCUGUAUUGUUGCUUGGUUUGUUACACCUGCAACUCACGAGUAGUUUGGAUCGUCAAAGUCGUGUUGACUUCGCCUUGAAUUUCUUCAAAACAAUCUCAACAUAUCAGCCAAAUGAGAACAUCAUCGUAUCUCCCAUCUCGGUGCAAACCUGCUUAGCGAUGACCUAUGUAGGCUCUGAAAAUCAAACGGCAGCUGAAAUGGGACGUGUGCUCUCUCUGGAGCGAUUUGGCAGCAAAGUGGACGCAGCCGUCGAGUUUGGUGACUUCAUACAAAACGCAGUCUUAGCUCCCCAAAGUAAACUAGAAAUGGCAAAUCGCGUUUAUAUUGAUCAGCGACUAAAUAUUGUACCCGAUUACUAUGAGUUAAUUAGCAAAUACUUUCGGUCUACAGCGGUAUUGGUAGAUUUCGCAAGGAAUGUGCAAGCGGCGCAAAAGAUCAAUGUGUGGAUAGAGUCCGCAACGCAUGGCAAGAUAAAAAGUUUUAUUGAUCCAUCCGUUUUGACCGCAGACACGGCUAUAGUACUGGCGAAUGCAAUAUACUUCAAGGCGGAGUGGCUUUACCCAUUCGAUCCGUCGUACACAGUUCCACGAGAUUUUAAUUUGAACUCGGCGCAGAAAGUAAAAGUGCCGAUGAUGUAUCGGACAGACGUGAACAUAAAAUAUGCUGAAAUGCCUGGACUCGAUCUGGUUGCCGCGGAGCUGCCAUAUAAAGGUACAGCGCUCCGCAUGUUGAUACUGCUACCAAAUCAGUUAGAUGGUGGAGUUGUCAGAUUGGAGCAGACAUUUAGUGGGAACGCAUUGCAGCAAGUGCAGCGUUUGUUGAGAGAAACCACUCUGGAUGUCGUGCUGCCAAAGUUUAAAAUUGAAUUCGAUUUAAGUUUAGUUGAGCCUUUGAAGACGAUGGGCAUGAAUUUGUUGUUUUCUAAUGCUGACCUCCCAAAUAUGGUAACUGGUGCCAGGGGCCCGCUUUAUGUCUCAGAGGUUAAGCAUAAGGCAUUUAUUUCUGUGGACGAGAAAGGUUCAGAGGCCUCAGGGGCCGCAUACUCGCAAAUACUAGAGAAGUCAGGGCGCUUCUUCCAGCCGCACUUGAAUAUCGAUCGGCCAUUCGUAUUCAUCAUUUUGGACGAUGAUGCGAUCUACUUUACUGGGCAUGUGCUGAAAUUCUAAGACGAAUGAUUUAUUGGCUUCCAAUCACCGAUGUGGCGCCAACUGGAGACUAGUGAUUGCUGCGGGCAAAUUUCAAAUUUAUAGUUAGAACCAAACGUCAUUAGCGGCACAAAUGUGGAGGACAAGAAUCAUGAAAAUAAAGAGUGUAGAAAAUGAGAACUCAACAAA